AUGAUCCCUUUAUUUAGGUCUUGCCUUGACAGUGUUGCCACGCCACACAGUAACAGUGCAACAGUGAAGCAGUAUUUUCUUGCAUUCUUAGGUCAGCAUAUAAAUCUAUCAGGUCGGACAGGUGAGAGAGAAGGUCCAGCUGACAUGAGUGCUACAUCCACCAUUCAGUCUGAAACGGAAAAAGACCGUCAAGCAGAUGAUAAGAUAUACAGAGGCAUAAAUCACUACACUGAGUUCUCUGAGAAGAAGGAUACAGCACUAAGUAACGCUGCCAAAGGAGGAGUGCGGAAAGGACUCAUUCGAGCACCUGAUCACUUGCGAACAACCGUGAGAUGUGAUUACCAACCUGAUCUUUGCAAAGAUUAUAAAGAAACUGGAUUUUGUGGUUUUGGAGACAGCUGCAAGUUCCUUCAUGACCGCAUUGACUACAAGUUGGGAUGGCAGCUGGAUAUGGAGUCUUCCAAAGAAAGAAGGGUCGCAGGUGACAGCGAUUCAGACGAGAACUGGGAAAUACCAAGUGAUGACGAUUUACCUUUCAAGUGUUUCAUAUGCCGAGAAUCCUUUGUUGAUCGUGUGGUAACAAAGUGUCAACGCUACUUUUGUGAAAAAUGCGCUCUUGAACAAUUUAAGAAGACCAAACGUUGUUAUGUUUGCGCAGAAAAUACUGGGGUAUUACUUAAUCCAACCCAAGAACUCAUUGUAAAGUUGAAAAUGGGUGAGAAUGAUGACUGAUUAAGUGAAGAUGUUCGUGAAAUGUUACCCAUAAAACCUUUUUUGGUCAGCAUAUUAAUUUUUUAUGUAUAAAUUAUAGCCUUGUCAUG